ACUGGGCACAGGUGGGCAGAGUUAGUGGGCGCACUGCUGGGCACAGGUCGGCGGAACGUGUGGGUGGCACUGCUGGGCACCGAUCAUCAGGGCACUGAUCAUCAGUGCCCUGAUGAUCGGUGCCGAUCCCUGCUCUAACAACUGCCGGUUCUCGGCACGUGAGGAAAGUACUGCCAAUAACUGGCAAUUGUCAGAGGACAGUGCCCUGAUGAUAAGUGCCACCCACCAGUGCCGCCCACCUGUUCCCAGCAGUGCCGCCCAGAAGUGCCCAGCAAUGCUACCCACCUGUGCUCAGCAGUGCCAC